GCAGUCAGAACUCAACGAUCGCAGAUAAACAGUCUCUCAGAGGAAGGAAGAUAGACGAGCGAACGAUUACGUGCGGCUCUAUCGCAAUUCAACGCUUGUAUAUCGCAUCAAAACGCGUUUAAUGUUAUCAGUUAAAACUUUUAAGACCCCCGCUUCCCGAUCACCUGUCAAUCAGCGCCAAAACACGCCUGAGAAGUUUUAACCCAUUUACUGAUGCACUGACAGACGGAUUCUCCUCAGACGACGCAAUCUAAACAAAUCACAUUUUACCUCGUUCUCUCAAACAAAAGCCUCUGUUUUCCCUCAGGAGGACUUCGAGUGGACAAUUAAGAGAUGCAGAGCUCUGAACAGCGUUGACCGGCGGCGUCUGGAUGAACAUGGAGCCUUGUGCCGAGUCUCAGGGAGACCCUGAGAGAGCUCAGCAUCAUGCAGAGAGCAGAGAAAACCCUGUCACCCCAGCUGCCUUAAUGCCUGGUGAUGAUGCAGCGCUUCUGACCCCGGGAAGGAUGAGUCAGCGUGGGAAGGAGGCGGGGCUUCACACGCCCAGUAAAGACCUGCUCACAAGCCCCUCCCUCAGCUACAGCCACGGUUUUGAUCGUGGCAAAGAGGAAAUCCUGCCUCUGAAAGAAGACUCCUCACACUCCAUAUCCAAGAGCAAGUCAGAAACCAAGCUCUAUAAUGGCUCAGAUAAAGACGUCUCGGCGUCUGGAAACAAACUUACUAAGAAGGAAUCACUCAAGGUGCAAAAGAAGAACUACAGAGAAGAGAAGAAACGCGCCACUAAAGAGCUGCUCAGCACCAUCACUGAUCCGUCUGUCAUCGUCAUGGCCGACUGGCUCAAGAUCCGAGGCACGCUGAAGAGCUGGACCAAGCUGUGGUGUGUGCUGAAGCCAGGAGUCCUGCUCAUCUAUAAAACCAAUAAGAACGGCCAGUGGGUCGGGACUGUCCUGCUCAACGCCUGCGAGCUCAUCGAGAGACCCUCCAAGAAGGACGGCUUCUGCUUCAAGCUCUUCCACCCGCUAGAACAGUCCAUCUGGGCCGUCAAGGGUCCUAAAGGAGAAGCCGUGGGCUCCAUCACUCAGCCGUUACCCAGCAGCCACCUGAUCUUCAGAGCAGCUUCAGAAUCAGACGGCCGCUGUUGGAUGGACGCUCUUGAACUGGCUCUGAAAUGCUCGAGUUUGCUGAAGCGAACGAUGAUCCGAGAGGGCAAAGAGGAGACGACGCAGACCGCAGAGCACUCGCACAUCAACUUCUACAGUCUGCUGAGGGCACACAACAUGCAGGGCUUUCAGUUUAACGACAGCGACCAGUUUAAGGAUCCGGACCUGUACUCGGAUAAGUCGGACCGUGAGAACGAGCAGGAGCAGGAGGAGUGGGACAACGAGGUGAUGGAGAAAAGUGAAGAGAGCGACAGCGACACGUCAGAGCGACAGGACGACUCGUACCUCGACCUGGAUCCCAACGAGGCGCUGCGGGAAACGUCGUACAUCGAGCAGAGCCACGAGGAGCUGGGAGAGGCAGGCGAAGAGUCUCAAACAGAAACGGUAUCAGAGGAGAAUAAAUCUCUGAUCUGGACUCUCCUGAAGCAGGUUCGGCCCGGCAUGGACCUGUCCAAAGUGGUGCUGCCCACCUUCAUCCUGGAACCACGGUCCUUCCUGGACAAACUGUCCGAUUACUACUAUCACGCUGACUUCCUGUCCGAAGCGGCGGUGGAGGAAAACGCUUAUAACCGAAUGAAGAAAGUGGUCAAAUGGUACAUUUCUGGGUUCUACAAGAAGCCAAAGGGCUUGAAGAAACCGUACAACCCCAUAAUUGGAGAAACAUUUCGCUGUUUGUGGCUCCACACCAAGACCAACAGCAAAACCUUCUACAUCGCAGAGCAGAUAUCCCAUCAUCCUCCGGUUUCAGCCUUUUACGUCAGCAACAGGAAGGAUGGCUUUUGUCUCAGCGGCAGCAUCCUGGCCAAGUCCAAGUUUUACGGAAACUCUCUGUCGGCCAUCUUGGACGGUGAAGCCAGGCUGUCAUUUCUGAACAGAGGAGAGGAUUACGUGAUGAACAUGCCCUACGCACACUGCAAAGGGAUCCUGUACGGGACGAUGACUCUGGAGUUGGGCGGUCAGGUGUCCAUCGCCUGUGAGAAGACGGGCUACAGCGCUCAGCUGGAGUUCAGACUCAAGCCGUUCCUCGGCAGCAGUGAUAGCGUGAAUCAGAUCAGCGGGAAGAUCAAGCUCGGGAAGGAGGUGCUGGCGACACUUGAGGGGCACUGGGACAGUGAAGUCUUCAUCAAUGAUAAGAAGACGGGUGAGAUGGAGACGUUCUGGAACCCGACGCCGGAGCUGAGACAGAACCGUCUGAUCCGCUGCACCGUCCCUCCUGAAGAACAGAGCGAGUUUGAGUCCGAGAGACUGUGGCAACAUGUGACACGGGCCAUCAAUAACAAGGACCAGACGGAGGCGACCAAUGAGAAGUUCAUCCUGGAGGAGGCUCAGAGGAAGGCGGCACGCGAGCGCAAGGCCAAGUGUGAGGAGUGGAUGCCCGCUCUGUUCGAGCAGGACCCGGCCACCGGAGAGUGGCAUUACCGCUACGCAGACACUCGUCCGUGGGAUCCGCUCAACGAUCUGAUUCAGUUCGAGAAAGACGGCUGUAUUCAGACCAAAGUGCGGCACAGGACGCCUAUGGUGACGGGACCAAAGCGGAAACAUAAGAGUGACAAACCUAAAAGUCCAGAAAGUGGCUGCUCGUCUCCGGAGCCGGACCGCCAGGACUCUUCAGGCAGCGAGAGGCACAAGAGCAAACACAGCAGCCGCCUCAGAAAGAAAGGAACAGACCUGAGUGAAAUCCAAAGUGCCAUUGAGUCGAUCAGACAAACCCAGGAAGACAUCAACAGGAGCGUCAACGCUUUGAGGAGUCGAGUGGCGAGUCAGUCGUCGACAGAAAGCUCAUUCCUGACACACAGAGACGUGGCCAUCAUCCUCUUCCUCAUCUUCCUCCAGGUCCUUCUCAACUUCAUCUUUAAGUAACGGUCGAGAAUGACCCAGAAACCUCACUCCAUCCCUUCAGUCGAUAUCAACGGUUUCGUUUUUUAUGGAUUUGUUGCAAUCGCUGCGAAAGGACGGCCAAUAUUUGACUGAAGUGCAUCGUGGGAUGUUUUAAAAAUGACUGUUUACUUUUAUUCUUCACAAAGAGAAGAUCUCAGCAGCCUCGUAACCAUUUAGGCCAUUGUUUUAAUUGAUUUUAAUGACAUUUUUACCCUUCACCAGCGCCCCCUGCUGUGGCGGAGGACGUAAGUUGAUUACAAACUAAAUAUUAUAAAAUCUAGGUCAACUUUCCCUACCUAAAAUGAUGAAAAAUAUAUUUUAAAAAAACCCUUUGGUUUGUAUUUGUUUAAUUUUUAUGAAUUCGUUUUUGCGAUUGUUGCAAAAGGACGGCCAAUAUGGGGCUGAAGUGCAUUGUGGGAUGUUUUAGAAAUGACUGUUUACUUUUAUUCUUCAAAACAGGGAAUCUCAUCAGCCUCUUAACCAUUUAAACCGUUGUUUUAUGUAUUUGUAUCCUCCAUCAGCGCCCCCUGCUGUAGCGGAGGACACCUGACGAUAUACAAACGGAUUAUUAUCAAAUCUGAGUCAUUUUUCCCCCUUAAAAUUAGGAAAAAUAUGUAUUUUACCGAACAAAAAACCUGUUCUACAUAUUUUACAUUGUGAUGAUAUUUUCAUGACACACAUGAAGCACAUUUCACCCCAGAUUCUCAUGACUAAAGUGCAAAAAAAAAACUUUCUCAUUACUGUUAUCCAAAAAAACACGAUGAAUUUGUAUUAGUAUUUGUACGUAAUAGUAUUUAUUGUACUGCCUAAUUGAAAUACAGUUUUCCCGACACGUUACAGUAAUGAGAAUAUGGAAAUGCUGUCCUAAAACGAAAAUAUUUUGACUUCUUUCACAUAUUUAAGAAACACAACCUGGACAUUUUUCCCCCAAGUUUCACUCACACGUAAAACUUAAAAGGGUUCAAUAUUUCUGAUGUUACUUGUAUUUUAUGACUAUUUUAUUAAACGAAUGAAGGAUGUUGGAGUUGAGGUCAAAUUUUGUAUUAUUUAAAACUCUUUCCGGGAACAAUUUCACUAUGAAUCUUGAUUCGAACAGCACAGUAUGUGGAUCCUGCAUUUCAUACGUGUUUGAAGGUAAUAAUGUGUAAUUUAUUUGAACGAUGCCGAAGCGUGUACAGUAUAGCGAGCGUCACAUUUAAUAUUACUCCGAGGAAGGCGUAGAUGUAGGCGUAGUAAACCUGUAGCAGGAAAUACGUACUUUUGUAGUUGCUUGACUCUGGUCUGCCACUGUUACAUCAGACUAGAUGUACGAUUAACGAGCCAAAUAGUCUGAGAGUAGAUUAGUGUGUAAACGUCACUUCUGUAUAAAGUUAAGAAACUAAUUCCUUUUGUACUUCUAGAGAAACGCCGUCACCCAUAGCCUACGUGUCUUUGUUCUGCGAGCGUUCGUUCGCUCACACAGCGUCCAAUCAGAUGUUUGAAUGUGCUCACGUCGACAGUAACUACUUUAAAAACCACGUGCCUUUCUGAGCGGGUCUUGCAGCCGGAGUUUGAGGGAUUUUGAGCCUGACUGUUGCAUUCCUACCAUGCUUUGUCUUUCUUUCUCACUUGGAGUGAAUGUGCCAUAUUCAGACGUUUUCGAUUCGUCCCGGAGCUCGACGCUGCCAUAGAGCUGCGUGUCUUUAGCCAUGCGUCUGCCUCCGAACCAGGGAUCAAACUCCUCAUGCAUCGCGUUCAGUGUUCGUCUUCAUGCUUCAUGCUUUUUAAAGCGUUUUUACUUUGUUGGUUUUGUUUUUGUUUUCGGAUUAUUUCCUGCAGUUGUCUCUUUGUACAGAUGAUGCUUUAUUUGUAAUACAGAAAUAACUUCCUGUAAGUUUGUUGUCACCUGUGACAUAUCACCAAAUAAAUGAAGAAGACCGAA